CUUCGCCAUUUUCCAACCCCAAAUUUCAAAACACACCAAAACUCCAAAUAAUAAUAAUAAUAUUUACAAAAAGCAAAAACGUUCCUACUUUUUAUAUACACAAUAGAGGCACACACAACAACAACAACUUGCUGCAAGCUUUUUUGUGUUCUGCAACUGAAAGUGAAAGAAGGGAAGCAGAAACCAAACCAAAUCAUGUGUUCUCUACUUUGGAGUUCCAUUGCAUUGUGUGUAGCACUCCUACUCCUUCAGCUUGGCAUUGUGCACCCUUCACCCUCUCACCAUAGGAUCACUCGCUUACCGGGUCAACCCCAUGUUCAGUUUCAUCAGUUUUCAGGUUAUGUAACCGUUGAUGACAAAAACCAGCGUGCACUCUUCUUCUACUUUGCUGAAGCUGAAAAAGAUGCACUUUCCAAACCCCUUGUUCUUUGGCUCAAUGGAGGGCCUGGUUGUUCUUCUCUUGGAGUUGGUGCAUUUUCAGAGAAUGGACCAUUUAGACCCAAAGGAGAGGGCUUGGUUAGAAACCAAUUCAGCUGGAACAAAGAAGCGAAUAUGCUGUAUUUGGAAACGCCAAUUGGAGUUGGAUUCUCUUACUCAACUGAUACUUCCUCUUACGAGGGUGUGAAUGAUAAAAUUACAGCCGGGGAUAACUUGGUGUUCUUGCAAAACUGGUUUAUGAAGUUCCCAGAAUACAGAAACCGAAGUUUGUUCAUUGUAGGAGAAAGCUAUGCAGGCCAUUAUGUUCCUCAGCUGGCUGAGCUUAUGCUCCGAUUCAACAGAAAGGAGAAGUUGUUCAAUUUAAAAGGCAUUGCUCUUGGUAAUCCAGUUCUAGAAUUUGCAACAGAUUUCAAUUCGAGAGCUGAGUUCUUCUGGUCACAUGGAUUAAUUUCAGAUACAACGUACAAGAUGUUCACUUCUGUUUGUAACUAUUCAACAUAUGUGAGGGAAUACUAUAAUGGUGCUGUUUCUCCUACCUGUUCAAGUGUUAUGAGCCAAGUUAGUACGGAAACAAGUAGAUUUGUCGACAAAUAUGAUGUGACCCUUGAUGUUUGUUUGUCUUCAGUGUUCUCACAAACCAAAGUCCUCAAUCCCCAGCAAGUCACAGAAACCAUAGAUGUAUGUGUGGAAGAUGAAACAGUGAAUUAUCUGAACAGGAAAGAUGUGCAGUCAGCUUUGCAUGCUCAUCUUGUUGGAGUCCAAAGAUGGUCUGCAUGCAGCAAUGUCCUGGAUUAUGAGCUGCGUGACUUGGAGAUACCAACAAUCACGGUUGUGGGGAAGCUAGUCAAGGAGGGAAUACCAGUAUUGGUUUACAGUGGUGAUCAGGACUCAGUUAUCCCACUGACUGGAAGUAGAACAUUAGUACAUAAAUUGGCAAAAGAACUAGGAUUGAACACCACUGUGCCAUACAGGGUGUGGUUUGAGAAGCAGCAGGUGGGUGGGUGGACUCAAGUUUAUGGUAACAUCCUUUCAUUUGCCACCAUCAGGGGAGCAUCCCAUGAAGCUCCAUUUUCACAGCCCGAGAGAUCACUUGUGCUGUUCAAGUCCUUCUUAGAAGGAGGACCUCUACCACAAGAGAUUUGAAAUGCAUAUAUAUGUUGGUGGUGUCGGUAAAAUGUGAUUGUUGGAUUGUAGUUAAGUUCGUUUCACAGUUAAUCAAUGGUGCCCCAUUUCAAGUGUAGAAAAUUUUGUAAAGUUCUCAAGUAAGAAGGGAGGUAAUUUGUGGUUUUUUUUUUUUUUGGUUGUCACAGUGCAUUGUUUACUUUUACUUUUUAUAAAGCUGCAUUACGUAACUAGCAGUAACUGUCUGCUCUUAAUUAUGUUAAUCGGCAACAUAUGGAAUAAUCUUCUGUUUUUGUUGUGUU